AUGUCUUUCAGCACUCGCAAAUUCGAUGGAGAGCAAUCGCUGCAAGAGGACGAUAUCUACGUCUCCUUAACAUACAACGCUCUGGACUCCCAAGCCCAAUUGGCCAGAGUCAAAAGCCCCAAAGCCGGAGCCGUAGUCCUCUUUGCUGGUAAGUCCAAGACCAAAUCGAGAUCCUCUCCACUCACUGACGUCCAAGAAGCUCCAGGCUAAGUAUUACUCUCAUUUUGUCUCACAGGUUGUACCCGGGACUCUUUCCAAACGAAGACUGUCACUCAUCUCGCGUAUUCCACAUAUGCACCUCUUGCCCUCAAGUCCUUGCUGUCUAUCUCCCGCGCUAUCCACAAGAAGCAUGAUCUGGUUGGCAUUGCGGUUUCGCACCGGCUGGGACACGUCGAUAUCGGGGAAGAAAGCAUUCUUAUCGCGGUCUCUGCUCCUCACAGGAAAGCUGCUUGGGAAGCAGGAGAAGAGUGCUUGGAGUUGAUCAAGAGCAAGGUGGAGAUUUGGAAGGAGGAAUGGUUUGAAGAUGGGGGCAUGUGGAGGUCAAAUCGAGACGGAGAGGCUGGCGUUCCUGUCAUAAAGACGACUGCGGAUGCGUGA